CAUUUUUUGGCGGCCAUUACAACGAGUGGAAAGCAGCAGAACGGAGCAGAUUUAAUUAAUGCAUAAACAAACGGCUAGCAAAUAGCACACGCGCUGCCGCCCGACAUCCCAAACACAGAACCCACCGAAACCACAAAGAAACGCCUCCGAAGAUGUCCUCGAGCGCUGCCAGGGUCUACAUCCAAGUCGAGAGCGAGGCCGAGCAGCAGGAGCACCUUAAACAGCAGCGCAAGACCCUGAAGCCCCUGCAGGGCAACGUCAACGACAAGGAGAACCUCACUGGUUCCGGGCGCGCCUCCAUCGUGGAUCAGCUGAGUCGCCUCAAGGCCGGCGUCCAUGUCGCGCCCAAGUACGGCAAGCGCAAGUGCGUGGACACGGCCACCGCUGCGCCGGCGACGUCGACGAGGGACGCGGACACUCAGACCGAUGUAGAGGUGGAGGCCACGCCCAGCGGUAGUGCAGACAAGCCCAUCACAGCGGAGGAUCUCACAAGCGAGGCCGAGCCCGGCGAGAACUACUACAAGCUGCUGGCCGAGCAGCGGCGCUUGGCUCUGGAGGACUCUCUCACCGAGAACCGGCACCUUCACGAGCGCAUCGAGGGGCUAGAGGAGGAGAUGGACACAAUGCGCCAGGAACUGGACGAGGCCAAGAACCUGGUGGAGGUCCUCAAGGAGAUCUGCGACGAGGACAACAGCGAAGAGGAGCAGGAAGACGAGGCUGCGGGCGACCAGGAGUAGGUACCCGCCCAGGCUGCACACCAAUCACACGUUCUGUUAGUCUAAGGUUGUACAAUUAGUUGUAGUUAAAUAUUCGCCCUUAAUUUAUCCCUGUACGUCAGCUAACACAACGGACUGGUCUCAUUGUACGCCAGCAAUAUAUUUACUUGUUACACGCCAGUUAUGAUCCCAAUAAAGUUUUUACAAUUUCUAACACAAUUAUUCAGUAA